CCAACCACGAGUAAUUUUAUCUGUGUAAUUCAUUAUGGUUAAAAAGUCACUUUCAAACGCGAACAGCUAUAUAAAACAAUUUGAAAAAUAUUCUGAUAAACAAGAAUUGGAAGUGAUUGCCUUUUCAAAUCACUUGCUGGAGGAGUGUACAAAAAAGACGGAGCAACAUGACUUCCGUGAUUUACAAAACAAUAACUCCAAUUCUACUUCUGAUUUCAAGAAUGAAAGUAUGUUAGUGGAAACUUUGUGCCAGCAUUUCUUGUCUGAAUUAGAAGCUAUUGGUAAUGAAAUGGCUGCCAAUAUGGCUUGCAUACAAACUCAUUUACAAUCCGUUGACAAAGAGAACGGUAAAGAUUUGUUAAAUGUACUUGAACAAUUAUCAAAAGAGACCUCGACUGCUCAAAAAGUGUUGGAAUACAAUGGGCCUGAGACUCAAUCUCAACUAAUGCAGGGGUUAUUGAUGUGCAUGGAAUCCGAUUAAACGAUUUUAAAACGACUUUCAUUGAAACAGAUUCUGCUUGCAAGUUAAUUCGUAAAAAAGGCUCAAACGAAUCGAACAACGAGUGCAGGUCUAAUAUUUACGAGCAGUCUAUAUAUUCAGAUUUUAUCCCGUGCCUUUGUAAUCAUUUUGAAACUGUUCUUUUAAACGACUGUAGUGUUCCAAUUCCAAUUCAGAUACACUAGGGUUUAGCUUUUGCAGCGCAACUUCAAAAUCAUAUUGUUGUAUUCGAAGAUCAAGAACAUCUUGGUCCUCAUGCGCAUGUAGGAAAUCUUCAAUAGAAGCAUAUAUAUCUGAGUUUCUGACAGCCUCUUCAACCUCUGUUGUUUUCCGUUUUAAAGCUAGGGAAAGAGCAUCUGCACACAGAGCAUAAAGAUCAGCUCCUGUUAAGUUAUUUGUGCAUUGCUUUGCAAUAACAUGGAAAUCGACGUCUUCCCCUAACUUAAAUUUUCUGGUGAUUGUUCGAAGGACUUUUUCACGAGCAACUAUCGUAGAAUUGAUUCCAAGAUAUACCAUUUUAUCAAAUCGUCCUGGGCGAAGAAGUGAAGGGUCCAGCAGAUCUGGACGAUUGGUGGCCCCGACAACAAAUACGAAUUCGUCUGAUUUUUGAACUGCAUCAAGUUCUGCUAAAAGUUGACUGACUAUUCUGUCCAUGACGUUCCCACUAUCGCUAGAAUUGCCUCUUUUAGGGGCAACUGAAUCCAGUUCAUCAAAGAAAAUUAUACAAGGUGCAACAUUUCUGGCUUUUGUAAAGAUUUCACGCAUGUUAGCUUCUGAUUCACCAACAUACAUAUUCAGAAGUUCUGGUCCUUUCACACUCAAAAAACUUAAAGAUAAUUCCGUAGCUACAGCUUUGGCCAGUAGCGUCUUUCCUGUUCCUGGUGGUCCAUACAAUAAAACACCAGCUCGAAUAUUUACUCCCUUGUCAAAAAGUUCUGGUCUUAGUAAAGGUAGUUGCAAAGUAUCUUUCAAAAUAUUCUUUGCUUCCUCUAGACCUCCGACGUCUUCCCAUUUUACUUUUGGAACUUUAAAUUCGCCAUUAACAGCUUCUUUUCUGUGAACGUCAAUUUCUUUAUAAAUGUCAUCCUGUAAUAUUGUAGGACCAGAGCUUUGAAUUGAAAAAUCAAGGUAACUAUUUUCUUUAAGACGCCUUAUUGCCCUUAAUAAUGAAGUUUCAACCAAAGCACUUAGCUGAGAUAAGGAAAACGCACUCGUUGCCUUUGCUAUUUCCAUAAAAUUAACGCUUUUUUCAAUAUGGAAGUCCUUAGAUAGUAUUCUAAGUAGUUCCAGUCUUUCUUCAUCAGUUAAAUUGGAAAAAGUGAAUUCGUAAAAGGAUUCUGCCAUAAUUUCCUCAGGAAUAGAAUCAAUGUUUGUGGCGGCUCCAACAAUAGCGAACCGAUUGUUACAGAAUGAAUCCAAUACUUCUUUAAAAAUCGUGAUUAUCUGUGGAUUAACAUUGUUAGAAGAACCUUCAAUCGGUAAAUUUAGAACGUUUAAAUCCUUGACAACAAUAAGUCCAUAAGGAUAACAUUCUAAAGGCUUCAAAAAUUCAGUUAUUUUUGAAGCAACUUUUUUUCUGUCCAAGUCAACAAGGUCGUAACAAGAAACCUAAGGAUGUUAGCAUUAAGACAAGUCAUUGAGUAGCCUACCGAAAACAAUGGAACUCCCAGGUUAGAAGAUAUACAUGAAACAAUCUCGUUCAUUUCUAAAAAUUUCCAUCCUGAUAUUAUGUAAAACGGGUGAUGUACUGACGAAUGGGGACGCAAAUAGAGGGCUUUAAGCAUAUUGUAUAGUUUUCGCGAGACAGCAUUAGUUGUAACGAAUGGAAG